AUCUAUGGAGGGGUAAAAAGAGCCGGAGGGACAACGUCUCUCUGGGCGACGUUCUGCGUCUUCGUCAGUCAAAACGCGAUUGCCCUACGUUAUGGUUCGUGGUGCAUACACUUCUCCCACAUAACAAGCAUUCACAGUAUAACACAAUUAAGUAACACGGUUGGCGCUCGACAAUUUCCGCGGGCAACAUUACGUUUAAAAAUAGCAUAUCACCGCACGUGAAGUUUUUUUGGUGGUUUUUUUUUAAAUGUAAUACCGUUUUUUAAUUUAAAUUAUAAAUAUUCCUGUAGUGAUUAGAUUUAAUCUGUAAUUUUUGAACAUUUUUUGAACAAAAGAAUCCUCAACGAUGUUGAGGCAAUUAGUGAUUUUUGCGGUGAUAUUCACUGUGGUUCAAUGUCAUGACAGCUUUAGAGUGACCUUCCAGUGGAAAUAUAUCAACUACACGUGGCCUUCGACGGAGGUUAAGGAGAGGGCAAUUACCCGAUUUCAAUAUGUCCCGUGGAAUAAUGCAAUAUCGGGUAUUAAAAUAUGGAAAGAGAAGAUCUAUCUCUCGAUACCGAGAUUUAAAUCCGGAGUGCCGGUCACCCUUGCUGUAACGCCAGCAAUUCCGGAUACAAUGGAAAUUUACACACACAGUGGACCGGCUAGAGUCAAUAUCACUGAUCCGAAACUUGAACCGUUUCCCAGUUGGGAAAUGCAGGAAAUUGGCGAUUGUGACGCACUGCAAUUCGUUCAGGGAAUGGAGAUUGAUCCAUUGGGAAGAAUGUGGGUAUUGGACUCGGGACGUGUUGACACGAUGACACUAAAUCCCCAAUCAAAGUGUCCGCCACGUUUGGUGAUUCUUGAUCUUGAAAAUAAUGGCGAAGUACUGAGGAGUUUUGAAUUUCCCGAGGAUGUUGCUAAUCGACAAACGGUUUAUCUCAAUGAUAUUGUCCUUGAUCAUGAGGACGGUGGUUAUGCCUACAUCACCGACACCAGUGAACAAGAUCCUGGAAUUAUUGUUUUUUCGUUGAAGAACAAUACCUCGUGGAAGGUGCGCCAUCAAUCAAUGAGAGCACAACGUGAAGCAAUUCCGUUCGUCAUCGACCGGGUACAAAUAAACAGACCCUUCCACGUGGACGGUAUUGCCCUUUCACCAGCAAGUGUAAGCGAGAGGAUUGUAUACUAUUCACCUCUUUCUUCCUUCUACCUCUAUUCAAUACCAGCUGCCGCUCUCCGGAAUAGAACCGAUGAUAUUAAUUCCUAUGUGAAAGAAUUAGGAAGAAAACGAUCGCAAAGUGAUGGAAUAGCAAUGUCAGCUACUGGUGUUUUAUACUUUGGUUUACUCGCCGACGAUGCCGUCUCCUAUUGGAAUACAACACAACGUGCAAAUUCAAAUUAUCAACAAUCAUCGUUUGCAAUCGGUCAAAGGAUAUUCACAAGGGAUCAUGCUCUCCUACAAUGGCCCGAUACUUUCGCCUUCGAUGAGAAGGGUCAACUCUGGUGUGUCACAAACAGACUACAAAUGAUAAUCUCCAGCAUGUACAACAUAACCGCAGAUAAUUUUAGAAUCAUCAAAUCGAAUGCAAUGGCUAAAAAUUAUCAGUACUACGAAGACGGCAGUGCUCCUGUACUUCCGGCAAUACCCGCCGGUGUUGAUCGUGUCGGAUUUUCCCUGGCGACAUGUUUAGCUGUGUUGUUAGUCUUCUUGAUGAAGUAGAACAAAAAAAAAUAAUUAAGUAGCUUUCAUUGGUACUUGUGCUAUAAAUGCUAUAAAUAAUUUAGCCAUAAUGCUAAAUAUUCAAACAGAACAUUGUAAUGUCGCAUUUCUUUAAAUAGGAACACUAGAAGGAAAUCAUAAAAUGAUUUUUUCAUUCUAUUAACAAAAAAGAAUUUGCGAGAAAUUAUAGAUCUAGAUCCGCCAACUAGCACCAAAGAUAGAAAAAUGUUUUUUUUUUGUUUUGAAAGACAAUGUUGGUGCUUUGAUAAGCAAACAGUUGUAGUCAUAAUUUACACAAGUCUCAUGCCAAAAAAAUUCUAGAACAUUACAUACAAAAUAAUUAUAGAAGUACUGUAUUAAUAAUCGCCAUAGAUAAUCGUUAAGAGUCUUAAUUUUUCCUCGAACGUGACAAAUAUUGUCUUUCACUAUAUAAUAAAAUUCUCCAGUGACUUCAAAAAUACUGGGUAAAAAACUUUGUUCUAUCUUUCUAGAAAAUACCACACAAAUCUGAUUAAAUACUGAAAAGGUUUUUGAUUUUACAUUAUUAUUUAUAUUAAAUAAUAUUUACUACUUUCUUAUAUUUAUACCACUAUUUUCUUCUAUUGUCAGCUAUUUACUAUCAUCUUCUUUUUUUCUGCCUUCUUCUACUUUUUUUUAUAUUUUCUCCUACUAUUAAUGAAUUAAAAAAAUUAAACCAAUUAAACCAAAAGAAUCAAUUUUGAUUUGUAAGAAAAAUAAAUUCUAAAUAAAUUUCAAUGGAAGAAAAUUGAAACAAUAAUUCUAUUCUGAAAUGCGGUGUUAGUGGGGGGAUCUUGUAAUCGAUGAUCUGAACAUGAUUAGAUGAAUGUGUACA